CGGCACAAGAACCCAGAAACAUCCUGUCCCCCUUCCAGCAACCCUCUGGACCCCUCCUUUAGGAUUUAGGUAUUGUGGCCCUGGGCGGAGCUGCUGGGUUUAAAGAGCUGGAACCCACCUGGGCUGAACACAGCCCCAGCAGCCUCUCUAGAUCUGCACCCGGCUCUCAGGCACUGUGAACCGCAGGCAGGUCCUGGCUGUCUGACCCCAGCCCGCGCCCCUCCCCUGCAGCCCUCCUCUGCAGCUGUAUCAUGAAGAGAGUGACCCAGGCCCUUCUGCUCACACUGGCAGGCCUGCCUGCCUUGGAAGCCAGUGACCUGGUUGAUAAAGACAGUCCCUUCUACUAUGACUGGGAAAGCCUGCAGCUGGGCGGGAUGAUUUUUGGAGGGCUCCUGUGCAUCGCUGGAAUCCUGAUAGCCCUGAGUGGAAAAUGCAAGUGCAAGUACAGUCAGAAGCACAGCCCCUUACCUGAGAAGGCCAUUCCACUCAUCACUCCAGGCUCUGCCAGUACCUGCUGAGCACAGGACCAGCUUCGUGGCACUCUUGGUACCAGCUCCCAUACUGUUCUCUCCCCACCUGGGGGCCUUACCCUUCAUGAUGGCCUUUUUCCCCCAGGGUGGGCCCUUAAGUUCCCUUCUGAUCAGGAGGCUGUCCAAAGCUUAUUUCUAAAUUAAACUGUC